AUGGGCCGCACUCGAACAAAGACACGCAAAGCGCCCCCACCUACGACCGAGAUAGUGCAGGAGAAAGUUAACAAUCCCCUACCAACCAUCUCCGCUCUCCUAGAAAAAGCACAGGAUCUGAUCGUGCAAUGCGAUUACGAGCUUGCGGGUCGGUUUAUCGUGCGCGCCUUGGAGCGCGCGCCAAAUAAUGCGGAGGCUCUCGAAAUACAGGGUGUGGUGCAGCUCGAGACGGGUGAUCUUGAUGCGGCCAAGCAGACAUUCCAAUCUCUGCUCUUUCCAAGCCCCGUUGCACCACCAUCACCACCGCCGGCCGCACAUCUCUAUCUCGCUCAGCUCAGCGAUGAUCCACAAAUGGCUUUGCAGCACUACAGCGCAGCCGUAGACAUACUUUUCGCCCAGCUGAAAGGCAAGGAGCGCGCCAUGGACAGCCCCUCCUCUAAAAACGAUGAACAAGAGAUAAAAACCACAAUCGUACGCGCUCUCAUUGGCCAAGUCGAGAUUUGGAUGGAUCCUGCGUGUGAUCUGUGUUUUGAUCCCGCAGCAGAAAAGACCUGUGAAGACCUCUUAAACUUGGCGCUGCAGACGGACCCGGAGAAUAACGAGGCAUUGCAAGCUCUCGCUUCCGUUCGCAUGUCGCAACAACGGCCUGACGACGCAAAGGCGAUGCUAGAGAAGGCAUGGUCAUCAUGGAAGGACUUAGAGGCCGAUGACCCCAAGCUGCCACCAAUACCCAGCCGGCUCGGCCUGACAAAACUGUUCCUCGAGCUUUCAUUAUACACGCCUGCGCUGUUGGUUCUCCAUGGCAUCAUGGCUGCGGAUGAUGAGGAAGUCGAGGCGUGGUACCUCGAAGGGUGGUGUUUCUUCCUCAUGGCCGAGCAAGCUCACGAAAAAGAGGGCAAAUUAGAGGACAUGUCUUGGGAAGAUCUAGGGAGGGACUCGAGAGAUUGUCUAGAGACUUGCAAAGUACUUCACGUCAAUCAGGAGCAUCCCGAUCGACCUCUACUAGAUCAUGUCAAUGAGCUGAUAACCAAGCUGGAAGAGUUGGGUAUUCGGCCAUCACCGGAAGAGGAGGCAGACGACAAUGACGACUGGGAAGAUGCGGAAGGAGAGGAUUCAGACAACGACGUUGAAAUGUCAUGA